AUGUCUCUCUUGUUCAUGCUCAGGCGUGGACCAGCUUCUUCAGUGAAGUGUUGCUACGGAAAGGCGCGAAACACACCUGAAGAAUUCUUUCCGUCUCCCAGGAGAACCCCAACAGCCUUCACAAUUCGACCUUACUCAGUCAAGGAGAGCACAGCUGACACGCCUCGAUCCCGAGAUGACAGUCAAUCUAUUGUCAUUCGAUCCAAAACGCGUUCAACGCAAAGGAAGCGCAAAGUGACUUACACUUCUGACAACAAGUUCCAUCUACCAGCUCAAGACGACUGGUCAGCAGCGCUUGUCGCUGAUGCUUUUGUCCCAGCGGGAUCCAAGGACAAGGUCAUAAUCGAGGCAUUCCCGGGCCCCGGUGUAUUGACGCGCGCAUUAAUGGCUCUGCCCAAGGAACGUAUACGGAAAAUCAUCGUCCUGGAGCAUUUGGAGCCGUACCUCGAAUUUCUCAAACCACUUGAAGCAGCGGACUCCCGAGUGCACGUACUCCCAUUAGACGGCUAUUCCUGGAAUAGCUACCAGAAGCUAGAGGCGGAUGGUUACCUCAACGACAUCAAUACAUUUCCAUGGGAUCAGUCUCAUCCACACUUGCACUUCAUUGCACAUCUUCCGACGUCCGUAUACGGGGAACAACUCAUCGCCCAGUUCCUUAGACUUAUCCCGGAUGGUGGCUGGCUCUUUCAGUACGGUCGUGUUCCAAUGAGUUAUGUGAUGCAUGACUGGCUAUGGGAACGUGUUUCAGCAAGCACCGAAUCAUUGAAUCGUUGCAAGCUUUCUGUCAUUGCUCAAGCCGUAUCAUCCUUUGCUCAGCCUCUCUCUCCAGAAGCUUUGUUCCCGUAUGACCAACAUUUCUGGCCGUCAAGCGUAGUUCCAGGGCACAGAGUCACUCCUAUGACGGCGGUAACUAUGGACCCCUUGAAAAGACAGGCAAGAAUUAUUGAGAAAGGAAUGCUUGACAAAUGGGACUACUGUUUACGCAAACUAUUCGUCCUGAAGUCCAAGAAAUUAGAACGUGCAAUUGGGCACUUGGCGCCCGGUUCCACCGCCUUGCUUUCCUACCUUACAGACCCCACUCUCCCUACCGACCACCCUGCCCGUGCAGAUGUUUUGAAGUUGAUACGUAAGAUGGAAACCACAGAUUGGGCAGCUCUUGUGCGUGCAUUCGAUGCGUGGCCAUUUGCACCGGAGGAUCUUCUCAUUACGGAAUCGUUUUCUCGGGAAGGAGGAUAA